UUCUCCGUGCUGUAGGAGUUUCGAGCGAUAAAAAUGAAUUUGAAUUGAAGUGCGCGAAAAACGGCGACGAUUCAUGCAUGCCAAUGAGGCUUUUCAUGCUUCGCGUCGCUCGCCAUAAAUAGUCCGGCAGCGGGAUUAACUGCCUCACACUAGCCAUGGAUCUGCUCAGGUGUUAUCUGCUGCUUCUGGCUAUUGCAGUCUCUGCCCUGGCCACGCCCACACACGAUAAGUUCAAAGGCGGCGCCUUCCCUCUGCAGAAGCCAAGCUAUCUGCCAAAUCCCGCCCAGCUUUUGAGCGAACUGCCCGCCAAAUUUGUCAAGUGGAAGCCUGCGUUUGUCAAGCCCGUCGUCGUAAAGCCCAUCGUUGUGGUCAAGCCGGUAAUUGUGGGCGGCGGAGGUGGAGGCGGCGGUGGGCAUGGUCAUGGACACGGUCAUGGGCAUGGGCAUCACGGCAAAAAUAAGUUUUUUGGUAAAUUUUAG